CUCACACUAGUCACCAUUCUAUUGCGGGAUCGCCUACAGUUGUUCCUGUAAGACAGUCUUCCUUCGGCUAUACGCAAAUCACCUCUAUAAUGCGUGAAUGUAUCUCAGUCCAUGUGGGCCAAGCUGGUGUCCAGAUAGGAAAUUCCUGCUGGGAGCUUUACUGUUUGGAGCAUGGUAUCCAUCCUGAUGGCCAGAUGCCUUCUGACAAAAGUGUUGGAAAUAAUAAUGAUUCCUUCAACACAUUUUUCACUGAAACUGGUGGUGGAAAACAUGUCCCAAGGGCAGUUUUUGUAGAUCUUGAACCAAGCGUCAUAGAUCAGGUUCGCACUGGAGUUUAUCGUCAGCUUUUCCAUCCUGAGCAAAUGAUCACUGGCAAGGAGGAUGCUGCUAAUAAUUAUGCUCGUGGGCAUUACACCAUUGGCAAGGAGUAUGUUGAUCUCGUGCUUGACAGACUCCGUAAGCUGGCAGACCAAUGUACAGGACUUCAGGGCUUCCUAAUAUUUCGCUCAUUUGGUGGUGGGACAGGCUCUGGUUUUGCCUCCCUGCUAAUGGAGCGCUUAUCAGUUGAAUAUGGGAAAAAAAGUAAACUGGAAAUAGCUGUCUACCCUGCACCUCAGUCUUCCUCCUCCGUUGUGGAGCCGUACAAUUCCAUCUUAACAACACACACGACUCUGGAACAUUCGGACUGCUGUUUCAUGGUUGACAAUGAAGCCAUAUUCGAUAUAUGCAAAAAGAAUUUAGACAUAGAGCGCCCCACCUUCACAAAUCUCAAUCGACUGAUUGGUCAAGUUGUGUCUUCUAUUACAGCGUCCCUGAGAUUUGAUGGGGCUUUAAAUGUUGAUUUGACUGAAUUCCAGACAAACUUGGUACCUUACCCAAGAAUCCAUUUUCCUUUGACAACCUAUGCUCCUAUUAUUUCUGCCGAGAAGGCAUACCAUGAACAAAUGUCUGUAGCAGAAAUUACAAGCUCCUGUUUUGAACCCGUCAAUCAGAUGGUGAAAUGUGAUCCACGCCAUGGGAAGUAUAUGGCAUGUUGUCUUUUGUACAGAGGUGACGUUGUGCCAAAAGAUGUAACUUCUGCUAUUGCCUGUAUUAAGACAAAGAGGAGCAUACAAUUUGUGGAUUGGUGUCCCACAGGUUUUAAAGUGGGGAUUAAUUAUCAGCCUCCAACAGCUGUACCUGGUGGAGAUUCGGCCAAAGUGGCCCGUGCUGUGUGCAUGUUGUCAAAUACCACUGCAAUUGCAGAGGCAUGGGCUCGCCUUGACCAUAAGUUUGAUUUAAUGUAUGCCAAACGUGCAUUUGUACACUGGUAUGUGGGGGAGGGCAUGGAAGAAGGAGAGUUCACAGAAGCCCGUGAAGACCUGGGUGCUCUUGAAAAGGAUUAUGAAGAAGUUGGAAUGGACACGGCUGAGGGUGAAAACGAAGAAGAAACUGAUGAAUAUUAAUAUACUUGUCAAAUGAUGUUUUUCAGAAAUUUUACAAAUAGUACUGCAUAAUGAUAUAUUUAGCAGUAUCACUGUGAUAUUUUAGACACUUAUUUGUUAAAAAAUUGUUUCAUGUUUAUCAGGAACUUUGUAGAGUAUGUUUAACAGCACAGUGGAUCCUAGACUACCUUGCACAUGCCUGUGUGUUGCUAUGUUCCGAUUGACGAGUUUGACUGAUUUCCAAAGUACAUGUACAUGUAUUUCCCUUCCACACCCAAAACUACCCAUGGACACUUGUCUCAAAUAACUGACAGUAAUCAGUUUUAAUGAGUAAUUUGUGUUAAAUGUUAAUAUUGAAAACCAGCAAAUCGUUUUCAUACCGUUUGAGACUGGCUGAAAAUGCUACUUGGUACCACACGUGGAGGGAAGGGGGUGGUUGUGGAGGGUGACUGCAUCUGGAGGAGGUACUAACAUUUCACCAGUGGCACUAAACCCAUGAUAAUAGCCUUAUCUAGCAACACUGACAUAA